AUGGCUGGGAAUGGUGCUGUUUCACGCCCAUCGACUUCGAAUCGUUUGUUACUUUCAACAACAACGACGCUUGGCUCACACUACCAAAUCGGCCGAAUUCUAGGUUCGGGCAAUUUCGGUGAAAUCCAUCUGGGUAGAAAUACCGAAACGCAUGAACAUGUCGCCAUUAAAUUAGAACAAACCUCGACCCGUACGCCACAAUUAGCGCAUGAAUAUCGCUUUUAUUCGAUGUUAGGUAAACAUGACGGUGUUCCUCAAGUACAAUUUUAUGGUCAAGCUGGUCCGUGUAAUGCAUUAGUUAUGGAAUUAUUAGGGCCGUCAUUGGAAGAUCUAUUUGAUCUAUGCUCGAGACGUUUUUCAUUAAAAACUGUUUUGAUGAUUGCAUUGCAAUUACUAGACAGGAUUGAAUAUGUUCAUUCGAAGAACCUCAUCUAUCGAGACAUUAAACCAGAGAAUUUUUUAAUUGGACGUGGUAGUACGAACCGGCAGCAUAUUAUUCAUAUUGUUGAUUUUGGCUUAGCAAAAGAAUAUCGAACAGCUGAUGGUUUGCAUAUACCUUAUCGUGAACACAAAAGUUUAACUGGCACUGCUCGGUACAUGUCAAUCAAUACACAUCUUGGUCGAGAGCAGAGUCGUCGAGAUGAUUUAGAAGCAUUGGGCUAUAUGUUUAUGUACUUUCUGCGGGGCAGUUUACCGUGGCAAGGCUUAAAGGCGGAUACAUUGAAAGAGCGUUAUCAAAAAAUUGGUGAUACAAAACGAUUUACAACGAAUGAAAUUCUAUGUGAUGGUUAUCCUCGUCAAUUUUUGACUUACAUGCGAACUGUGCGUCAAAUGGAAUUCGCUCAAGAACCUGAUUACGAUGGUCUACGACGAUUGUUUCACAAUGCUCUUAGUGAGAACAAUCUCAUUAAUGAUGGCGAUUUCGAUUGGGUCAAACGCUUGCAAGAACAUCGACUCAAUCGUAGUAAAACACAAACGACAGCCGCCAUGAAUGGACAUACGACAGGUACAACAUCAACGAAUCCUGCAACAGCACUAUCAAGCGGUAUUAACAGUAGUUCCAAUAAGAACACCAAUACACUGACAAAUUUAUCGUCAUCCACCGUACAGACUCCAACGAAUCGAAAUGGUAAUCAUCACGACUCUCGCCAUCGUACAGCCAUUCAACGUAAUACAUUUCAAAAUCAUCAGUUACCCCUCAGUUCAACGAAUCGUUCGACAAAUGCGACAACGGUCACAUUGAAUGGCGGUUCGAAAACGACCCUAUCGAUGGCAAGCACGAGUAAAGUUCAACCAGCAUUACCAUCAUUGUCAUCGUCAAGAACGGCAACUGAAAAUCAUCGACCUGGACCUCCUCCAACCAAACGACGUGGCUUAGUACCCGAACCGCCACCUUUACCCUGCUACUCUUAUCAUCACACCCAUCAACAACAACAUCCGGCUAAUUAUCGGCCCACCAUCGGAGCCAACAUGUUGUUUCUUCAAACGGAAAGCUAA